AUGAGGGGGAGGGAGUCCAGACUGCUCACAAUUCCGGAUGUGAUGGACCCCGCAGCUGCAACAGCGCACCAUCGCCCCGACUCGAGCCAUCACUGGCUCGAAGCACAUGGCGCCGUGACGCAGGUAACGGAUCACAUCGUCGGCGCUUUCCCCGUCUCCACAUCAGCUGCUGCCCACAGCCAUGGCGCAGCCAAAGAUAGAUGA